ACAGUUCAUUAACGGAAAACGCAUCAGUAGAUUAAAUAUACAUCUAAUUCAAAAAUGAUUCCCGAUUUAUGGAUAAAGGGGAAUUCCAUUACUCAAAUACUAACAAAACAAAAGUUGGAGAAAUACAGACAUCUUCUAAAAUGGAAAAAAAAUGAAACCAUUCUCGAGUUUGGUGCAGCAGAUGGAAACACUUCUGCCAAUUCAGUACUACCAGCAUUACCAAAGGAUUACAAAGAAUAUGUUUUAACUGAUAUAUCGCCUGAUAUGGUAGAACAUAUGAAGAAAAAUCUAAGUAUACCCAGAAGUAAGAUCAUACAACAUGAUAUUGCUACCGUAAGGCUUCAAGACGAACUCAAAAACAAGUUUGACCACAUUUUUGGUAUAUAUGUGAUGCACAUGGUGCCGAAUCCAAGGCAAAGUUUCAUUAAUAUCAAGGAAAUGCUUAAGCCAGGCGGUCAAGCAUUUGUAUCGUUCUUGGAACAAUCACCGCCGGAUAACGCUUACCACCGUUUGCUGAAAUAUCCGAAAUGGUCAAGAUACGGACAUAUGCUGUCUGCCCAUUAUUAUAGUGACAAUAUUGAAGAAUCGUAUAAAAAAGAUAUUGAUGCUGCAGGGUUCGAGUCCUAUUCGUUUCAUGUCGAAAAGGACUACCCGGUUUGGUAUCAAAACGAAGAGGAUAAAAAGAGUGCAUUUACCUCAGUCAAUGAUGUGCUGCCGAGAAUACCCGAAGAACUGAGGGAUGAAUACUUGGAGGAUUACCAUAAAGAAAUCGAUAAAGAUAUUAAGAUUAUGGUAAAAGAUGGAGAACAAGUACCAUAUUUAAAUAUGAAAUUAUUUGUUGCUAUAAUGAACAAACAGGAAUAAAUACUUUAUUUUAUU